AUGGUACCAGAAGGCAUUGUUCUUGGGCAUAAGGUUUCAAGCAAGGGUAUAGAAGUUGACAGGGCUAAAAUAGAGAUUAUAGAAAAGCUUCCUAUACCAAUCAAUGUGAAGGCAAUGAGAAGUUUUCUUGGGCAUGUUGGGUUUUAUAGAAGGUUCAUCAAGAAUUUCUCGAAGAUAGCUAAACCACUAAGCAACUUGCUAGUGGUUGACAAUCCUUUUAUCUUUGAUGAUAACUGCAAGCAUGCUUUUGAAACUUUGAAAAAUAAACUCACUACAGUACCAAUUAUCACACUCGCAGACUGGGGACUUCCUUUUGAACUUAUGUGUGAUUCAAGUGACCUUGCAAUUGGUGUUGUAUUGGGACAAAGGAAGGACAAAUUGCAUCAUGUCAUAUACUAUGCAAGUAAAGUGUUAAAUGAAGCACAAAUAUUACACCACCACAGAAAAAGAACUCUUGGCAAUUGUAUAUGCAUUUGA